GAAGAAGAAGGUAAUAGCAGCAAGACAAGAAACUAGUAGACUUGAAGCAGCGGCAGAUUGCUGGUUUCAGGUUAACGAUCAUCAAUUCCUCAUAUCAUUAUUCUCUCUCACUCAAUCCGCAUUUUUAUUGAACUUCAUCGAGAUGUUACGAAGAUGCAGCGACAAAACUGCGGCGUAUCUUUUCAGGGUUAGUAAUACCCAGAAGAAAUUCAACAUCAGAGGACAGGAAGAUUCUUCCUUUUUCAUCCCAAGGAUCCAUUCAAACGUUUCUGCUGCAGUGCAUCCAGCGAAAAUUUCUAUUGAAACAAGUUUAUCAACUAAGACCAAGGGCUUGCUUGGAGGGAAGCAGAUUAGAGAAUCUAUAACGCGUUUGCAGUUAUCAUCCCAGAUAUGUAGAAAUCGUGUGGCCGACAUCAGUUAUCCCUUGUCUUUUAGAACCUUUGCAUCACAGGCUUCUGGAAAACAGAGAAGAGAUCCAUCGCAGACUAAGAAAGAAGUUUCAAAAGUUGAGGAUCCCUUUGAUGCCCCUACAUACCAUAUCCCUGAAAAACCUGUGUCAUUCACUGAGGGAGCUUCUUACAGCCUUAUUAUUCUAGCUGGGCUGGGAGUAGCUGCCGCUGCAGGAUAUGCUGUUUUCAAGGAGCUAAUAUUUCAACCCAAAGAGUACAAAAUAUUUGACAAGGCUCUGGAAAGGAUACAAAAUGAUAGUCAGGUGAGGGUUAGAAUUGGUCAUCCUAUAACAGGCUAUGGCCAGGAAAGCAGAAAUCGUGCAGCUCGUCAAAGAAUCCCAAAUAAAAUAUGGACCGAUGAAGAAGGCGUUGAACAUGUUGAGGUGAAUUUCUACAUCCGUGGCCCUAGCGGAGCUGGAAAAGUCUAUACGGAAAUGUUCAAAGACAAAGCCGACAAACAAUGGAAGUUCACAUUUUUGGUGGUCGAAAUCACUUCACCUUCUCGUGCACAGUUAAUGCUCGAGUCUUACAUGCCUGCUUAAUAAACUUACGCUUGUGACAUGCCUGAAAUUGUUUGACAUGGUUGAGUUUAAGCCCAUAAAAACUGGGUAUAUUGAUUAAUAACUUCCACCCUAUGACAAGGCACUAAAUUGAUUUUAUUUAUUUUUACUACGAAUUCCUUUGGUUAUUAACUUAAAUGGAUUCCCUUUUGAUAAAGGGAGGGGGAGAGGUUAUGUUCAUGGUUUCACUAGUUUUGUUUUUUGAA